UAGAAAUCGAAGCUGGACAGAAUGCCCGAAAUGGGCGCUCUGCCUUCCUUUCAGCACAAAAAUUUCUUCCCACAAUAAACCCUAACAUCAACUCCUGGGAUCCUCCCUUGCCCUAAAAUUUUUAUCACAAUUUUAAUUUGCAAAAUUUGGGAAUCUCUCGAUUCACAUAUAUCUUCCUGUGGGUUUUCUUGAAGGUUUUGCUUUGGCAUGAUCCCUUCAUUUGGAUCAUAGACAAAAGGGGGGGGAGGAACCUUAUAAUUCUGGUGACAGGAUUGUUGGUUCUUAUGAUUUAGUGCUGCCAUCAACCAUCAGCUCAUAAUAUAGAUAUCCUGAGGACUUGAAGAAUCAGAUGAGCAAUGGAACCAGAACAUGUGAAAACAAGCAGUGAGAAUGUAAAGAAAAAUCCUCAAGAUGGAGCACCACCUCUUGAAUCAAACAAUGGGGACGCCUCUUCUUCAUCCGGUUCCUCACUGGAAUUCAGUAUUGGUGAACAGGGCAACCUUCAAAGGUCCUCUGUCAAUGAAAGUCCGUCAUCUUCGCCAGAACAGUCGACUGGUUCUCCUGACCAAGCGCAAAUGAAAUCUCCCCCUACCCAAACGAUGGGGCAGCCUCCGGGUUAUGAUCCAAAUCGUAUUCCUGCAUCUGUUUUUUCAAGUAAAUCUGGAAAUCCCACAGAGUGGAGUGUUGCCUCAAAUGAGUCCUUGUUUAGUAUUCAUAUGGGAAAUAAUAGUUUCUCUCGGGAUUAUGCUAUCUUGUAUGGGAAGUCAGGAGAGUUUCCCAGACCUGAAGAUUGGAACGGUGCAAAUUCCAAUCUGAUGGAUCUCCCCAGGCUUGAAGAAUGGAACAAUGCACCACCCAAGAGUGAGUUGAGCAGCCUUCCUCCGGUUAUGGAAGUACCUACGCAUGAAGAAAUUAGUGUACCGUCAGGCGGGGAUUCAAGAGCUGAGAAGAAAGAUGACCCUAGAAGCACAAAUGUUGCCCCUGCGGGGGAAAUUGUGGAGAAUCAUGUAAAGGAAAGUCUGGUUCCUGCUCCUGCUAAUAUGCCGGAUGUUAAAAAAGAACCGCCUGCUGAGACUGCUGCUACUUCAUUAAGUAACCCUUCAACUUUCCCAAGCCCGCCUCGCCUUUCUAAUGAGAGUGGAAACAGCAGCACCUCAUUUGCAUUCCCAGUAUUGAAGGUCGUCCCGGAGAAGCCCGAGCAACCGGAGUCUCAACCACAAGCUCCCAAAGAAACUCCUCCUGCUGCAGCUGCCGAGACAUCAAUGUUUUCUUGCUUCCCCUGUUGGCCUAAAUGCUGUUAACUUUGCAUUAUUUCACUGGCUGGCACGUUCGAUGAUGACGUCCUUAGCUUCAUCGAAACUGCCUGUUUAUCUUUUAGUUAGCCACAAAAUCUGGUCUGGUUCUUUCUGAGGAAGCAGAGUUCAAACAUAUGUUAGAGUUUUGGUUCCAUAAAAACAGUGAUGCUUCAAGUCUCAGAUAUGGUCAUUGUUUUUCACCCUCAUAGUUUGUGAUGCAGUAAAGAUUUGAACGAACUUGUUUGAGAAUUAAGCACUAAUUUCAACAGUGGUA